AUGGUAUGGUUUUGUGAGUUUUGGGCCAGUUUGCUAGUAGAUGUUGGCAAUAAUGGCGGUAAAUUAGAUUUCUGUAAGUGUGGUGUUUGUUCUGGUUUGAAUGGGUUAUUGGAGGAUUCGUGCAACAAGUCAUCUAUCUCAGCCCAUUCUAUGCCAAUGCCACAACAGCCCAAAGGACACCUGACUCCGCAAGUCACUCCGGCAGUUGUUCCACAAUCAUCACAACUUCCAAAGAUACCUCCACCCUUUGUUGGAAAUAUGCCUUUUUGGUCUGAUUUUGGCAGUCAAGCUGGAAAUGCAAUGCAAAUUGAUAGAGGGUCUUCUUGGAUGCCUGGUCCUUCAAAAAAUCCAUCACAACAUUCUGGUCCUCCGGGGCCACCAUCUAUGGUUUCUGGUCAGAUGGGUGCUGCUAAUCAGUCUCUUCGGCCUCCUGCGUUGACCCCAGAUAUGGAGAAGGCAUUGCUUCAGCAGGUCAUGAGUCUCACACCGGAGAAGAUAAAUCUUCUGCCUCCGGAACAAAGAAAUCAAGUUUUGUAACUGCAGCUGAUGUUGCGUAAAUGAUGCAAUACGAAAACACACUGGUAGUCCCAGACCUCUUAAUGUAGCAUAGAUUCUUCUAUUAUCAAUGUUCGAAGUGGUUGCCGGCGAUUAGGUUUUAUUGGUGAUACAAAAAUUGUGUAACAAAUUAUAACCAUAUUAUUUUCUGGAUGUUGUCAUUUUUAUGAAGAAGAACACCACCUUAAAUACAAAGGUCAAGGAUAAACACCAAAAUGGU